AUGGCCGUCGAUUUUGUUCUUUCCAUUGGAGCCAAGGUCGCUGAAUAUUUGGUUGAGCCAAUCGCUCUCCAGUUUGGCUAUGUAGUUUUUUACAAAAGCAACCUCGACAAACUCAGAGAAGAAGUCAAUAAGCUGGAAGAGGAAGUGGUGCAUUGCAACUAUCAGUUGAUGCAGCACGAAGAAAUGGACGGAUUGUUGGACCCGAUGUUGAGAGGUGGCUGGAAAGGGUUAAAGAAUGCAGCAGCAAGGAAAGCAACAAAGAAGACAGCAGAGGUGGCUAAGUUACAUGGAGAGGGGAACUUUGCAACAGUGUCCUACCCUGCACCUCCACCAGGAAUAGAAUCUGAAUCCACUAAAGGUAUCAAGAGCUUUGAAUCUAGAAGACGGAUCAUAAACGAAGUCAUGCAAGCACUGAAGGAUAAUAGAUUCCACAUGAUUGGGAUAUGUGAGAUGGGAGGUGUUGGUAAGACAACAAUGGUGAAAGAAGUUGCCAAAAGAGUGAAAAAAGAGAUAUUAAGUGGGGUGGGAGGUGCUGGUAAGACGCCGAUGGUCAAGGAAGUGACCAAAAGUGUGAAUAAAGAGCAAUUGUUCGAUGAGGUUGUCAUAGCUGUAGUAUCCCAAAGCCCUGACGAAAAGAAGAUUCAAGCUGAAAUUGCAGAUAAGUUGGGUUUGAAAUUUGAGGAAGAGAGUGUAUCUAGGAGAGCAGAUCGGCUACGUGAAAGUCUACCUAGCAAGAGAAUCUUGGUCAUAUUGGAUGAUGUUUGGAAAAGACUUGAACUGAUUGACAUAGGAAUUCCAUAUAGAGAAGGUCACAGCGGUUGUAAGAUUUUGCUGACUUCGAGAUUUGUCUAUAUCUGUGAUGAUAUGGGUGUUGAAGAGAAAUUUAUAGUUGAAGCCUUAGACAAAGAAGAAGCAUGGAAUCUUUUCAAGGAGACGGCUGGAAUUUCCAAUGACACGAGUACUGAAUUCUAUGCCACACAGAAGGUAGUUGCAGAUGAAUGUGGAGGCUUGUUUGUUGCUAUUAAGACAGUUGCAAGGGCACUCAAAGAAGAUUUUGAUAUUCCAAUUGAAGAUCUUGUUAGAUAUGGGAUUGGGCUUGAAUCGUUUGAAGACAUUGCUACAGUGGGCGAAACAAGACAAAAAGUUCAUGACUUUGUUGAUGACCUUAAAAAAUGCUAUUUAUUGAUGGAUAGUGAAGAAGAAGAGUAUGUCAAAAUGCAUAAUGUUAUACGUGAUGUGGCUAUAUCUAUUGCAUCUGGGGAGGAGCAUUCGUUUAUGGUGGGAUAUGACAAAGCAUUGGAAGACUGGCCACAGCAUCGCCUCAAAAAUUACGUUGUAAUUUCAUUAAAACUUAAUGGUAUGCACGGGCUUCCUGGUAAUUUAGAAUUUCGAAAACUCCAGCUUCUAAAGCUAGAUUGCAAUGCUGAUCUCGACAAUGGGAUGGAGGAAGUCCAAGUACAAGAGACCCCAGAUUGUUUCUGCCAAGGGAUGAAAGAACUCAGAGUGCUAGCUUUAUCUAAUUUGUAUGGAUCGUUGCUGACAUCACUCCGAUGCUUGACCAACCUCUGA